AAUAACAUCUAUACACCUUUAAAAUUAAAAAUGGUAUUCCCAAUUUUUAUGAGAACCUUUAGAUUUACUCAGAAAGCUCAAAAUGAAUUUCGAGCCUUAUAUGUACGUAAUGCAACAACGGUUAGUUCAGUUACUCAAAAGUUGUCAAAAUUUGCAGAAUAUAGAAAGCCGAUUAUUUAUAAUACCCUCGUGAUCAAAGAAUUGGCGAAAGAAGUAUACAUUAAAGAAGGUCUUCGUCCACCAACAAUAUCAGAAAUCUCGCAAGCUUUUUCGGAUUUACAAUCUAUUCGACUAAGAGAUAUCACAGAAAUAGGGCUUAGAGAUGCGGCUAGAAUUGCUAUACGAUCUGUGGAAGUUCUUGGAUUUUUUGCACUUGGAGAAAUGAUUGGAAGGAGAAGUUUGAUUGGAUAUAAAUACUGA